GUAAAACCAUUUUUUUUAUUUAUUUUAUUUAUAAAAGUCAAAAACAUGCUGAAAGCUCGUAACUUAAAAUAAAAAUAAUAAAAUAUAAUAGUGUUUAACGUAAGAAAAAGAACUAGUUUGAUUACUGUGUGAGAAGUAUUAAAUAACAAAACAAAAUGGCUCGUGGAAAGGAUAAAAAGAAACGUAAAUUGGAAAAGAAGCAAGAGGGAGAUGAGGUGCCAAAGAAGAUCCCCCACACGCUGGAAUCUCUGCGGGAGAAGGAUGAGACAAUGCUGGCACAUGCUGAGGCUGAAGAACAAGAAGAGGCACAAAAAGAUAUGGAACUAGAUGAAAUGUCAUCAUAUUUCGAGAACUCGUAUGAGCCCAAAGUACUGAUAACCUACUCUGACAACCCACACACUAAGACAAGAACAUUCGGCAAGGAGCUCAGUAGAAUGAUACCUAAUUCGCUGUCACGAUAUAGACUAAGGUCCUCAGUAAAAAGAAUAGUCCAAUCAGCGAUCAGAGAGCAAAUGACAGAUGUGAUAAUAAUUAACGAGAAUCAGAAGCAGCCAAAUGGAUUCCUGCUGAUCCAUCUCCCGAGCGGACCCACGGCGCAUUUCCGGCUUUCCAGCUGUAAGAUAACUAGGGAGUUGAACAAGGACCAUAAGGAAAUCACUACACAUAGGCCAGAGGUAGUACUAAACAACUUCAGCACUCGAUUGGGUUUGACCGUUGGACGCAUGCUCGGCGCACUGUUCCACUACGAGCCGCAGUUCCGCGGCCGCCGCGUCGUCACCUUCCACAACCAGCGCGAUUACAUCUUCUUCAGGCACCACCGGUAUGAAUUCACAAAAGACGGCAAACGCGCCAAGCUGCGAGAACUUGGGCCCAGAUUCACGCUCAAGCUGAUCUCGCUGCAACAGGGCACCUUCGACUCCAAGCGCGGCGAUUACGAGUGGAUCAUCGCGGGCCGCCGACACCAGAUGGAGACAUCGAGGAGACGCUUCUUUUUGUAGCCCAAUAAAGUUCAUUAUUUUAAGAAAAUC